CCGGAAUCGACCCAACAAACGACGUUCAUUUCGCUCAAUUCGACGUCCUUUCUCUCCUUCCACCAGAAUCCCAUGCAUAGAAUAGCUCUCAGAAACUCUGCGCGUACUCGUGCGCUGGCCGCCUCUGCUAAGAGCUCUCGCGCCUAUGCUACCGCAAAACCUGCUGCUUCCGAGGUCUCCUCAAUCCUCGAGUCUCGCAUUGCAGGAACUUCCGUUGGCGGAAACGUUGAGGAGACUGGACGAGUUCUCAGUGUCGGUGACGGUAUUGGUCGUGUCUGGGGGCUCAAAAACGUCCAGGCCGAAGAGAUGGUGGAAUUCUCUUCUGGUGUCCGUGGCAUGUGUCUGAACUUGGAAGCCGACAACGUUGGUGUUUCUAUCUUCGGUAAUGACCGGCUCAUCAAAGAGGGCGACACGGUCAAGCGAACUGGUCAAAUCGUCGAUGUUCCUGUUGGUCCUGGUUUGCUUGGGCGUGUUGUUGACGCUCUCGGUGACCCUAUUGACGGCAAGGGUCCCAUUGAGGCCGCUGAGCGUCGUCGUGCUUCCCUGAAAGCACCUGGUAUUCUUCCUCGUCGUUCGGUCAACCAGCCUAUGAUGACUGGCCUCAAACCCAUUGAUGCAAUGGUUCCCAUUGGUCGUGGUCAGCGUGAAUUGAUCAUUGGUGAUCGUCAAACUGGAAAGACUGCAGUCGCUAUUGACACCAUCCUUAACCAGAAGAGGUGGAACGAUGGUAAGGACGAAGACAAGAAGCUUUACUGUGUGUACGUCGCUGUGGGCCAGAAACGUUCGACUGUUGCUCAGCUUGUCAAGACCCUUGAGGAGAAUGACGCCAUGAAGUACACGAUCAUUGUUGCUGCGACCGCCUCGGAAGCUGCUCCUCUGCAGUAUCUUGCUCCCUUCUCUGGAUGUGCUAUGGGUGAAUGGUUCCGUGAUAAUGGCAAACACGCUUUGAUCAUCUACGAUGACUUGUCUAAACAGGCCGUUGCUUACCGUCAAAUGUCAUUGUUGCUCCGUCGUCCUCCUGGUCGUGAGGCCUACCCUGGUGAUGUCUUCUACUUGCAUUCUCGUUUACUCGAACGUGCCGCCAAAAUGAGUGACAAAUUCGGUGGAGGAUCUCUCACUGCUCUCCCUAUCAUUGAGACCCAGGGUGGUGAUGUCUCUGCUUACAUUCCCACCAACGUCAUUUCCAUUACCGAUGGUCAAAUUUUCUUGGAGGCUGAGCUCUUCUUCCGUGGUGUCCGCCCUGCUAUCAACGUCGGUCUCUCUGUCUCUCGUGUUGGAUCUGCCGCCCAAACCAAAAUCAUGAAGAAGUUUGCUGGUUCUCUCAAGCUGUACCUUGCUCAAUACCGUGAAGUCGCUGCCUUCGCUCAGUUUGGUUCUGAUCUCGAUGCCUCAACUCGUUUCCUCCUCUCCCGUGGUGCCCGUUUGACUGAGCUCUUGAAGCAAGGCCAGUAUCAACCCCUCUCUACUGAGAUUCAGGUUCCCAUCAUCUACGCCGGUGUCAACGGUUUGCUUGACUCUAUCCCGGUUGACCAAAUUACCCGAUGGGAGGGAGAAUUCCGUUCCCACCUCACCUCUUCACAAGGUGCUCUCUUGGAGGAAAUUUCUGGUGGAAACAUCACCCCGGAGCUCGAAGGAAAAAUCAAGAAGGUCGUUGAAGAGCACGUCUCAUCUUUCACCUCUUAAAUUUAUUUUCGCCCUCGAUUAGAAUAAUAUCGUCUUGAGGAGAGUUGUGGCCUUAUGCGUUGAACAGUGCUUAAGAGUCCUUGCCCAUUCCAAAAUAAAUUUCUCUUUAUUAUCU